AGUUUCGUCAGUUGAACCGCUCGCGAGGAGGGUUGCCAGUGGAGAAGCAACCUUGAUCAUGGACCAGCCGGCCGGCCUGCAGGUGGACUACAUCUUCCGGGGUGUGGAGCAUGCCGUGCGGGUGAUGGUUUCUGGGCAGGUGCUGGAGCUGGAGGUGGAGGACCGGAUGACGGCUGACCAGUGGCGGGGCGAGUUCGAUGCUGGCUUCAUUGAAGAUUUGACUCACAAGACAGGGAACUUCAAACAAUUCAACAUCUUCUGUCAUAUGCUGGAGUCAGCCCUCACUCAGAGUAGUGAGUCAGUCACCCUGGACCUGCUGACCUACACAGACCUGGAGUCCCUGCGGAACCGCAAGAUUGGGGGCCGCCCAGGCCCCUUGGCCCCCAGAUCGGCCCAGCUCAACUCCAAGCGCUACCUGAUCCUCAUCUACUCUGUGGAGUUUGACAGGAUUCACUACCCGCUGCCCCUCCCGUACCAGGGCAAGCCAGACCCCGUGGUUCUGCAGGGCAUCAUCCGGUCACUGAAGGAGGAACUGGGCCGCCUGCAAGGGCUGGACGGCCAGAACACUCGGGACACCCGGGAGAGUGAGAUCUGGCACCUGCGGGAGCAGGUGUCGCGCCUGGCGUCCGAGAAGCGGGAGCUGGAGGUGCAGCUGGGCCGAUCGCGCGAGGAGGCGCUGGCCGGGCGCGCGGCGCGCCAGGAGGCCGAGGCGUUGCGCGGGCUGGUGCGCGGGCUGGAGCUGGAGCUGCGGCAAGAGCGCGAGCGCGGGCUCGGGCACAGGGUGGCCGGCCGUCGCGGCCAGGAUUGUCGCCGUCUGGCCAAGGAGCUCGAGGAGGCGAAGGCAUCAGAGCGGAGCCUGCGCGCCCGGCUAAAGACGCUGACCAGCGAGCUGGCUUUGUACAAGAAGGGGAGGCGGACUCCGCCGGUGCAGCCGUCCCCGGCGCGGGAGGACCGGGCCUCAUCGUCCCGGGAGCGCUCCACGUCGCGAGGCCGCGGCGCCGCGCGCUCCUCAUCCCGGGAGAGCGGCCGCGGAAGCCGGGGUCGGGGCCGCCCUGCGCGCCCCUCGCCCUCGCCCACAGGUGGUCGCGCGCUCCGCUUCGACCCCACGGCCUUUGUGAAAGCCAAGGAAAGGAAGCAGAGAGAGAUCAAGAUGAAGCAGCAGCAGCGGAACCGAUUAGGCAGUGGGGGAAGCGGGGACUGUCCGUCCGUCUCCUGGUCUCGCCAGACACGGCCCCCUGCUGUCGUGACUGGCCGAGGGGACGCCCCUAACCGCUCCCGAAACCGCAGCUCCUCAGUGGAUAGUUUCCGCAGCCGCUGCUCGUCUGCCAGCUCCUGCAGCGAUUUGGAGGAUUUCUCUGAGUCGUUCUCCAGAGGGGGUCACCGCCGCCGUGGGAAGCCUCCCGGCCCAACGCCCUGGAGUGGGUCCAAUACGAGGUCCACCCCCGUGGAACGCAGCCACCAUCAGAAAUCUCUGGCCAACUCUGGGGGCUGGGUCCCCAUCAAAGAGUACAGCUCGGACCACCAGGCGGCUGACAUGGCCGAAAUAGACGCACGCCUGAAGGCCUUGCAGGAGUACAUGAACCGACUGGAUAUGCGGUCAUGAUGUGGAGAAGGGGUACUUGCCCCUCCAUUCCCCACCCACUUGCUGGGUAUGGCAUGGGGGGUGGGGCCAGGGUGGCCUCCAGCCCUGCCCAGGCCCUGCCCUGGCCCCGCCCCUCCUGCUGUCUCUGUGGUCUCAGGUGUGUGAGGCUCUGACCCUGCCCUCUCCCCAGGCAGUGCAUGCUGGGAAGGAGGAUGUGUGCAUUUUGUAAAUAAACAUAUUUGCCCUGGGG